AUGCCGCGCGUUUUCGCCAGGCCCUGCACGACGUUGAGUGCAUUACAGAUGAAGCCAUACAGCACGAUGAAGUGCGGCACAGAGCGUCAGACGCAUGACAUGCUGCGACACACGGUAGAACGACUGUGGCACCCGUUCACGCAGGGCCAUCGAGGUGCAGAUCUCAAUAUCUACCGCUUUCGCGAGAACCUCGCAGGCCUCUGCUGCCCUGGCAACAUUUUCACGUGCCAGGUAAACGGCCUUCUAGGUGGGACACGGGUGCUGGAAGACUUUUUCGCCACGAUGCUGAGCGGGUUCGACAUUGUCCACGCAUCUGUUGAGGGCUCACGUGGGAAGCCGCUGUCGAAUCCCGCUGACAUAUGCAACUACACGGGAUACUAUGUGCUGGCUCACACUCGCCCUUUUCUGGGGUGGAAGCCAUCGCCGACGUCGCUACGCAGCACAGGGCAAACUUCCGUACGGCCGGAGACAACUAUCCGUAGCAGUGUCCAGUACGGAUUCAACGGCGCAACACCAGAGACGGCGUCGCGUUCGGCAUUCCUGCUCAACGACUUAGAUGGCGUUGAGGCCACUGACGCGACGGAGACGCUUAACGGUGAGCCCAACGCAUUGCCGAAAAUCUCCACGCUGGUCGUGCCCUUUACCACGUAUGUGGAGGGGUUGGUUGAUCACAGUCGUCUCUCGCAUCUCGUGUUGCGGACACCCGUGAUGGAGCUGCUGCGCACUCGCCCCGAGUGCCCAGAGGAGGUGCAGAAGUGCCUUGAAAGUCGAGAGGCGCUCAAGAUCUUUGCGACGCUGCGCCGUGCUGGUGUAAAGCCGGAGCUGAUUACUGCCAGGACGCUCCUGAGUGCCUCAAAGCGAGACCCGGCGUGGAUGUCGGCCCUUGGUAUCCUGUAA